AUGACGUCGGAGUCUACAUCGAGCACUUCGCUCUCUUAUUUUGCGUCGGAAAGUCUCUGUCAAUUUUGCGUACUGGCGACGUUUCACGCAGACCAAGGGCCUGUGCUCGAGCAUAGUGUACCUGUGCACACUGGCCUCGACGAGCACAUGCUAGCCGAGCAAAUGAUCCCUGAUGGCUUACACAAAAGAGACGGUGACUGGACAUUACUGAUUCGCCGCGUCUCGGAGCUUUCGCUUCCACAUGUGCCUGAGCGACCAGCCCAUGUUGUGACCAAGUCGCCGCAUACUGAGGCUACGGAUGCAGGCGACUGCAUCUACAUUCUUAGCUCAGCGCGCACCAUUCAUACCGCCGAUGCGCGUCGCGGUGCAAAGCUUUUUGCAUUGGCUGUAGGUACGAUGCAUCCACACGUUUCCCUGCUAAAGCCUGUGCUUGUCCUGGCUCUCGACGCGUACGUCACAAACCCUAGCCCAUCCAUUCUCGUUCAGCUGCACGAAUCUUUGAACUCGUUGCCUAUAUCAACACUCUCAUGUGUCAGCUACUCGGAAAAAGUUCGUAUGCGGAGCGAUCCCAUCCUACAUGCCAUGUACCACAGUAGUGGCAACAGUACGCGCAUGGUCGCGUCGCCGUUGUCAUUCUCCAAGCAAGAUGCACCAUGCACAUCUCUCACAUCUGUCGCCACACAUAUGCAGCUGUAUUCGGCACUUUCUGCGAGUGAUGUGACGCUUCCAACGAUGCGCGAAAGUCGGCGCCAUUCUUCUGCGUCAACCAGCUCCAUGCAUAGUCGUCGCUCUUUCGUGCGCUCUCGAUAUCUAAUUUCUAAACCGCAGCAUAUGUGUGGACCGAGCCACUACUACAUCACAAGUAUUUCGUUUGGACGUGUGUGCAUUCCUAUCAGCAUUCCUUUGUACCUUUUUCCCGAGGAAGUCGGCGAAUACUCGCUAUCGCGUUUGUUUUCUACGUUUGGCUUUGUGAAGCCCUCAAGCAGCCAUGGCCUGCAGCACAAGCAGCACCAUCGUUCGCCCUUGCUCCAGCAUCAUCACCACCAGCAGCUGCUAUUGUUGCAUCCACACUUGCAUUCCAAUGGCGUCUACACACAUCCCGUCACACUUCUGUUCAAUGCGCUCAUUACACACAAGCGCGUUUUGUUUGUCGCGUAUCACUCACCUGCCACAGUCGUUGUCGAGCAUGUGCUGGCAGCAUGCGCGUUAGUCAGUGGAUGCGGCGCCGUGCUGCGUGGGUUUGUUGCAAGUUCUAUACCUUAUGUGACACUAGCGAGUUUGGACACGCUAAGAUCGAUGCGUGGAUUUAUCGCCGGCACGACGCACCCGCGGAUCGAAGAGCUUGGGUGCUGGGAUGUGUUGUGUGAUUGUGAGUCCGGACAAAUCAUUGUGUCAGCAGCAACGCCGGCCCCGCCGCCGUUCCUACCCUUUGAUGCACAAAACAACCGACACGCAAAGCGCACUUUGCGGUCGAUGAUGCGCUCAAUGCCAGAGUGGAUGCUGGGCGACGAGCGAGCAGAUGCUCCGGACGUUUUAUUCAUGCACCAACUUAUGGAGGCCGUCAAGCAGCAUGCGAGUGAAUCAUUUCUUCGACAUUGGUGCCAACUGUAUGUGCGGCAAUUUGUGGCGCUAUCCAUGCAGCACGAGCAGGCAUUUUAUGGUGUGACUUUGUGCCAUAUGCUGCCUGAUUUAAGAUUGACCUCACAAACAGCGCGCGACAUGUACUCGCUGCGCUGUCAUGCGCUGCGUAUCGAGGCUUGGCGCAUGACGCCAAGCUACCGUUGCUUUCUACGAGAUAUAGCAAACAUGAAUGGCCACUACAAGCACAUUUCUGCGACAUUUUGCCUCUCACCGUGCUCGUCACAAGCAGAUGCAACGCCUAGCGAUGGGGCAUAUGAGGCCAAGCGCAGCCAGGGGUCGUCUACACAUGAAGGACACAUUACUAAUAAUGUGCGUCGAUCCUCGUGGGAUAUAUCAGGGAAAUAA